UCAAGAUCCAAGGGGAAGAGAAUGAAAAACCGGUGGCUGUUAACAGUGCUUCUACUUUGCGGUCCUGCUCUCUUUUACAUACAAUUCACACUUUCCUAGAGGGGCUACCUUCUGUUGAUGUUAAGCACCAAGCAGCUCCAAUGAGGUGACGGGGAAGUUAUAGGUCAUUUGCUAUUUGCUUCCAAACUGAUGACCAAACUGAGGAUGGUUCACACAUGUUGACUUACACAGUGUACAAUGUGAUUACAGAGCUGGAUCUAAUUCCCUGGCAGCAUCAUGGUCUGCUCUUCAUUAAGAUAUCAAAACAGCUGUUUUGGUGCAGCAUAAAGCUUAAAAGCAGAAUACAAUACAAUACCUUGAUCUGAGUACUGCUGUGCAGUUAAACCUGAUUCACUAGUUACAUCCCUUCUUUCACAAAGAGAUGUCACAUUUUUAAUUUUUUUUUUUCACAGUACUUCUUAUAAAUAUGUUGCUUUAUCUUGACUUCAGCUUUAAAUAAUUUAUAAGGGGAUGAACAUCCUCCUGUGGGGAGAAUCAAAUAAUACAAUCAGUUAAAGGUGUACACUAACACCUCCCACUCAUUCACAGCCAAGAUUUGGUUUCCAUAACUAGUCCAUGAAACAGGGAAAAAGGGAAGGGAAAAGUGUUCAACCUGACAUGAAAAGUCAGAUUCAGCCACUUUAUUACUUAUCUGGUAGCUUAUCAGUCAUUUUCUGUCAUUCAUUAUGAGCUAUUCUGAACAAAUGACUCAUUAGAUCAGAUAGAUUAAAGCCAUAUAAGCUUUAGUUCAGCCAUGCCAAGAUCUUCCAACCAAUUACACCCUCCGCAUGAGCUCCUUUAAUGCCCCAGCCAAGCCAAAACAUUUUCUUCCUCUCCUCUUUAUUAGAAUAUUAUUACAGGCUAUAUUAGGCAGAAUACAUCGCAGGACAUAUUAAGAGGUUUUGGCUGAGCAUGAGACUUUCAGCAUCCUUAGAGAGCAGCUGCAGCCAAAGGAGAAAUCCUCAUGAAAUCCUGAAGGAUAUAACGCGGAUUUAUGGUCGAUUCCUCACUGCAAAGAUUAUUCUUUUAACACUCUUUUGACAUUUGUGAUUUAGCAUUUUGGACAAAAACAAGUUAAUUUCAACGACAGACGAAAUAUUCACACAUGAGGUGCCCACAGAAUAAAGGCAUCCUCAUUAUAGGACUUUUUUCUUCGUGUGAGGGCUUAAAUUUAGCAUAUUCUCACUUAUCUCCUUCACGUUUUUCGAUUUAAGAUCCAGCAUAAUUCGCGUUCAUUUUUCAGCCCUGUCGCAUUUUUCCCCUCGUUCUGCUUGCCCUGGCAUCAUUUUUUAAGACAAGCAAUGCAUCCCCCCCCACUCAUUUAAAAGCAGAGUUGGUGGUGGUGAACGGGACACCUCGGGCUGACCCCGGCCUAACAAAGCCAACUACUAGUCACUGUCUGGGAACCUUUUAUCUCAUUCUUUUAUUGGGGGCCUUUCUGACCGGCCAUGUUUUGUUGUCCAUCCUUUGACUCGCCACAAGGCCAAAUACGGCCCAGCCGUCCCUCAAUAUGGGCGAGAUUAAUUUUUCAGCUCCGGCCAUCUGUGUGGGGGUAAAAGUCAUUCAGCUAAAAGUCAUAAAUCUACAGUCCUGUGCGUUUUCAAUAGGUACUGUGUGUGGGAGGGGGUGGGGGGUGGGCAGAUAAAGAGACAAGAUCAGAUAGAUAGAUAGAUAGAUAGAUAUCUACAGAGAUAGAUAGAUAGAUAGAUAGAUAGAUAGAUAGAUAGAUAGAUAGAUAGAUAGAUAGAUAGAUAGAUAAGAGACAGACAGAAUUUAUCUCUAAAACCAUUAUACAUAUCUACUAAAGUACAUCCAAUUAAUUUUUAGUGAUAAUUAGACUCCUUGUGGCAGUGGUCUGUAGGAUUCUUAAGGUUAUUUAUCAGUCCACAAACGUCUAUUCUUAACCAUUUUCCACGCCGGCAAAACUUCAUUAGCCCUAUAAUGAACAUUUUUUUCCCCUUCAAAUUAUCCCAUUACGUCGGACAUAAACAACCCGAAGUGCCGCCUCUCAUUGGCUGGCCGCAGGGUCACGUGGCCCGCGCGGCCGUCCGUCUAUUUGACAGCCGCAGGAUGGCUUGAUGCCAGAGGGGGAAAAAGAGACAGAGAGAGGGGAGAGAAAGAAAAAUUAGUAUUCUCCUACCAGCCUCGCUAUAAAUCAAUCAUGGAGUCCUACGUGGUGAGCUGUAAAUAUGCUGAGCCGCAGUUCCCGCCUUGUGAAGAAGAUUACAGUAAUUUUAGUGACCAAGGGGGGUAUUAUAACAACCCCCAGGACAGUGGUAGUUAUGGAGGGGGCUAUCAACCCGUGCAGCCCCCUCCGCCUCCAUACACACCACAACAAACCGGCUAUCAACACUCUUUGCAGGCGCACCACCGGGAGGAUGGAGAGGACCACUCGCAGCACCAAGGUGUGCCCUUCCCCGGCUACAGAGAGACAGACGCACCCGGUAAGGAGAGGUUCCCCGUGGGUGACCUGCAGUGCCAGGCCUGGAUGACCUGUGCAAAACCCGCUCAGGUGCAGAAGAAAACGGCCUGCCAGGGAAAAGACAAGCCGCCUAUUGUUGUCUACCCGUGGAUGAAGAAAGUGCACAUCGCUCAUGUUAAUCCGAACCACGUGGGUCCGGAGCCUAAGCGGCUAAGGACGGCCUACACGCGCCAGCAGGUUCUGGAGCUCGAGAAGGAGUUCCACUUCAGCCGGUACCUCACGCGCCGCCGGCGUGUAGAGGUGGCCCACGCGCUUUGCCUGUCCGAGCGGCAGGUGAAGGUGUGGUUCCAGAACCGGCGCAUGCGCUGGAAGAAAGACAACAAGCUGCCCAACACCAAAGGAAGGAGCAAAAACAAGAAAGCAACGGACAACAACAACAACAACAACAACAACAACAACAACAACAACAGUAGCAGCAACAACAACAGUAGCAGCGACAGCAGCGUGAAGGCAGCGAUAACUGUGUGAACACAGAGCGGCGGAGCGGAGGCUGACCGUCAGAGGCAGCCAUGUUAGCACCUUCACUCUCCUCAACUCAUGUUGCUAAAUGGAUCCAGGGUGACUGCAGUAGCCUACCCAUCUGUAGGCCUAAAUAAGGCUUUAUAAAUUCGUCUAUCAUUUCCCCCCUCAACGUUUACUUUGAAGUGUUUUUAAACCAUUCUGUUGUGUAGAGGUUGCAUCCAUUUUUAGUCUGAUAUCUAAUUAAUAAUGAAUGUCUUCGAGUCUUAUAUUUAGGUAAACGUCAAGGUUGUAGAGGGUCUGACAUCUCUCUGGUGAAAUUAGGGAAUUGUUUUAUAUUUAGACAUCCGAUGUUAAAGGCGCAAAUGCAUGGUGCCUGUUGGUUGCAGUUUUACAAACUCUCCCCAUAUGGUGAACGAGGAGAGCUUGGGUCUUUUUUGGAGAAAACAGGGUUUUAUUUCUACAGGGUAAACAUAAUACAGGGUUUUUAUAAUAGCUACCUAAAAGAUGAAAUAGCCUAACUUAUGAAUAUGCACAUUACCAAAAUGUUGUUUCCACAACCUGGCGCUUAAAUGGGUUAAACAGAAGAGCAGGAGCGCCAAAUGCUCGGCGGCUGACUUGCAGGAUAGUUGGACAAAUAAUGUUUUAGCUUUUAUUUUGUACAUAAAGGAACAUCCAAAAAACAAUGCAUAUUUAGUAGGAUAAGUAGCCAUAUCGUGCAAACAUUUUAUUAUCUCCAAAAGGUGAAUGAACUCUUCAAUAAGUUGGGGGAGAAGUCAUACAUUUGUACGCACGGGGUAGUAAAUUAAAAACAGCCAAAUUGGAGGUACAGGUUUUUGAUGCACGACGCUGACUGUAAAUCCAACGUAUUUUCUCAGGGUUACAGGGUUUAAACGAACAGAACUUUCUCAAACGUUUGUUGUUUGAUUCAGAGGGUGAAAAUAAUCCUCUCUGAAACAGCAUAAUGUUGCAUUUUCAAAGAAUAUGUUCUCUCUUCGAUUCCAGUUUAAUAUGCUAUUGAUUUCUAUUAUAGCCUACGCCAGUACUUAUUUUUAUUUGCGUUAUUUAGAAGCAUAUUUUAUUCAUUGUAGCGAGCAUCAUCUCUGUUCUUUUUUUGUAUGUGUUCCUCUUUGAAAAAAAGAAAAACUUCUGUAAGAAUUUUAUAUGUGGAAAUGUUUUGAUAAAAUACUUCGAUGGUAAAAAAAUAAAAAUGUUUCAAAAUGCAAAAAGAGCAAAA